AUGACAUCCAAAAUUUCGCGAAUUUUUCACGGUACUUUGAUCCACUCUUUGUCCCUCACUGAGCUUGAAAUAAUCAAAGAUGCCUUGGUGGGAGUAGAUGAAUUCGGUAAAAUUGCGUUCGUAGAAAAGGAAGUUCUGUCUGAGCAGACUGUAAACGAUAUUCUGAGUGAAUGGGAAGCCACCGAAACAAAGCACGCCCCACAAUAUCCCAACGCUGGUACCGGUUUAGACGUCCCUUUGUUAGAAUGGCUCGAAAAAUAUACUUUCCCUCUCGAACAAUUAUUUUCUUCCCUCGCAUUCGCCGAAAAAACCUAUCCGAUCGUUGUCAGCAAUCUGCUCCGUCAUGGAACGACGACUGCUGUUUAUUACGCCACGAUUCAUCUGGAAUCAAGUAAAUGCCUGGCGAGGAUAGUUCACCAAAAGGGACAGAGAGGAUUUAUUGGCAAGGUCAACAUGGAUCGUAAUUCUCCUGAAACAUACAUUGAAACGACGGAAUCGAGUUCCAAGGAUACCGAAAAUUUUGUUAAAUAUGUAUUGGAUUUGGAUCAACAAUCACGUCUCGUGACACCUAUCAUAACACCUAGAUUUGCGAUCAGUUGUUCAUCCGAGUUAAUGCAUUCCAUCUCCGAAAUUGCCGAGAGAUACAAUGUCCCAAUUCAGUCGCAUCUUUCCGAGAAUGACGCUGAAAUUGCAUUCGUGGCUGAACUAUUUUCCGAUCCAAACUACACUUCGGUAUACGACAAUCAUAAAUUAUUGAAUAAUAGAACCAUAAUGGCUCAUGGAAUACACUUAUCACCGGAAGAACGAAAUCUCAUUAAAACACGUGGCGCAGGAAUAUCGCAUUGUCCGAAUUCCAACUUUUCACUCUGUUCAGGGGUUUGCAAUGUGAGACAAUUAUUGGAUGAGGGAAUUAAGGUGGGAUUAGGCACGGACGUUAGCGGUGGAUUCUCGAAGACCAUAUUAGAUUCAAUACGCAGUGCAAGCGUGGCCGGCAAGGUCACUCAAAUGACAGCACCCAAGGAUAAAAAAUCCUCGCCUAUCACGCUUAACGAACUAUUUUACCUAUCGACGAUGGGCGGCGCGAGCUUGUUAAACCUUGAAAACGUCAUCGGAAACUUUGAGGUCGGAAAAGAAUUUGACGCAUUGUUGAUCGAUCCCGAAUCACAUCAAUCGCCGAUAAAUUUGUUUGAAGGCAUAGAUGACGAUGUUGAAAGGGUGUUUGAGAAAUUUUUAUUUCUCGGGGAUGAAAGAAAUAUUUUGAAGGUUUACGUCCGGGGAAAGAUGGUUUCGGGAACUGAAUAUGAGGGGGAUUGUUAA